UCCGCCUGUCAAGGACAGCUGACUACGGAGCAGAGUGAAUGAAAGUAGUCUCUUGGGCUUUAAACAUAACAUCCUCUGCUCUCAGCAGUAGUAGAUUAAUGUGGAGUCAGUCAUGUUUCGCAAGACGUUUUUGAUCUGUUACAUCAAGGUCGACUGGGAUGUGUUCAGGUCAAGAUUAUCUCAUAUGGACGUAGUGAUUCGUCGGUGUCCUUUCCUUACAGUUGCACCCAGUGUCUUCCUGCAGCUGGCUGCAAAGUCAUCUCUGGUGAACUAUGCCCAAAAGUGCCCUGUGAUGAUGGACCUGGCCUCCAGACCUCUGGCCAGAGCUCUGUCUUCAUCAUCCUCUGCAUUUAAAGAUCAAAAACAUGAAGUCAAGUUACCACCAGGACGCACCACACCACCUGCUGGCCAGGAUGUAGGCUCUAAAUGCCCAUUCCUGGCUGCAGAGAUGGUGCAGAAAAAUAACAGGGUAGUAAGAAAGGUCAGCGUGGAGCUGCAGGAGGACAUACAGGAAAUGCACUCUUUCCAUACAGGGAAAACCGGUGUGGAUGUAUCAGUUGUGGAUCUUAUCGAGGCAGACAAGGCCAACAGAGGGGCACCAAAAAGCUUUUUCAAGCCAGUGUCUUCCAAAGUGUCUCACCUGUUAAAGGAUAAUCUUCCUGAAGUUGUCACAUUCCAGUAUGACACAUUUUUUGAAAAGAAGAUUGAAAGCAAGAAGACAGAUCACACAUACAGGGUUUUUAAAAUGGUGAACAGGCGUGCCCCCUCGUUCCCCAUGGCGGAUGACUACUCAGAGUCUUUUCAUUUAAAGAGAGACGUGUCUGUGUGGUGCAGCAAUGACUACCUUGGCAUGAGCCGUCACCCGAAAGUCACCCAAGCUAUCAUUGAGACUGUGCGAAAGCAUGGUGCUGGUGCAGGAGGCACACGAAACAUAUCAGGGACGAGCAAAUUCCACGUGGAACUUGAACAGGAGCUAGCUGACCUGCACAGCAAGGAUGCAGCGCUGCUGUUCACUUCCUGCUUUGUAGCUAAUGACUCCACAUUGUUUACACUGGCAAAAAUGCUACCAGGUUGUGAAAUCUACUCUGACGCUGGCAACCAUGCCUCAAUGAUUCAGGGUAUAAGAAACAGCGGAGUCAAGAAGUUUAUCUUCCGUCACAAUGACGUCAACCACUUAAGAGAGCUGCUUGAGAAGUCAGACCCCUCAACUCCAAAGAUUGUUGCCUUUGAGACAGUGCAUUCCAUGGACGGGGCUGUGUGCCCACUAGAGGAAAUGUGUGAUGUUGCCCACAAGUUUGGGGCUCUUACCUUUGUGGAUGAAGUGCACGCUGUGGGGUUGUAUGGGCCCAGAGGAGGUGGGAUUGGAGACAGAGACAGAGUCAUGCACAAGAUGGACAUCAUCUCCGGAACCCUUGGCAAGGCAUUUGGCUGUGUGGGCGGUUACAUUGCCAGCACCAGCGCUCUGGUGGACACAGUGCGCUCCUACGCUGCAGGCUUCAUCUUCACCACUUCCCUGCCCCCCAUGCUGCUCGCAGGGGCAAGGGAAUCCAUCAAGAUUCUGAAAACUGAAGAGGGCCAGGUGCUCAGGAGGAAACAUCAGAGGAGUGUCAAGCUGCUCAGGCAGAUGCUGAUGGACUCGGGCCUUCCGGUGGUCCACUGCCCAAGUCAUAUUAUCCCUGUCCGGGUUGCAGAUGCAGAGAAAAACACUGAGAUCUGUGACAUCAUGAUGUCUCGCUACAACAUCUACGUCCAGGCAAUCAACUACCCCACCGUAGCGAAAGGAGAGGAGCUGCUGCGCAUCGCCCCCACACCACACCACACUCCGCAGAUGAUGUACUAUUUUGUUGACCGGCUGGUGAAGACAUGGAGGGAGGUGGGUUUAGAGCUGAGGCCACACUCCUCAGCAGAGUGUAACUUCUGCCAGCAGCCUCUUCACUUCGAGCUGAUGAGCGAGAGAGAGAAGUCUUACUUCACAGGCCUCAGUCACACUGAUAUCAGCAGUGGCCUGAUAUCAAGUAAAGCACCAAGUCCUAACUCCACUGAAGCUAUUUAUUUUAUUUAUAUUAAAUAUAUUGCUGUGUAUAACUUGCUCUGUGUCAUCAGUAAAUGUAUAUGAGUAAAGUGUUCA